UCCAGCAACAUUUAUUUAUUGCCCAAAUACUUGUAGGAGAAAGAUAAACACAAGCAAGAAGCACGCUCUAGGACGUAGGAACCAUCCAUGGCGUCUCACAGCAUGGAAGCAGUAUACCAAUUCAUCGAUGUGACGACGAUAGCACAGCGGCUACUGCUCUUCGUCGUCGUCCCUCUCAUGCUGCUGCUGCUGCUUCUGCACAUCGCGGCCAAUCAAAGCCGGAAGCAGACGAAGCUUUUUCCGCCUUCGCCUCCGGGGCUCCCCGUCAUCGGCAACCUGCUCCAGGUCGGCAACCACCCGCACGUCUCCCUCCGCGACCUCGCCGCCAAGCACGGCGGCGGCCUCAUGCUCCUCCGCCUCGGCACCGUCCCGAACCUCGUCGUGUCGUCCCCGCGCGCGGCGAGGGCGGUCAUGCGGACGCACGACCACGUCUUCGCCUCGCGGCCGGCGUCGACGCUCGUCGACAGCCUCGUCUACGGGUCGUCGAGCGUCGGCUUCGCCCCCUACGGCGAGCACUGGCGGCAGGCCAGGAAGCUCGUCACCACGCACCUGCUCACCGUCAGGAAGGUGCACGCCUACCACCUCGCCCGCCACGAAGAGGUGAGGCUGGUGAUUGCCAAGCUCCGGGAGGCAGCGGCCGAGGGCACGGAGGUGGACAUCGGCAAGAUGAUGAACGCGUUCGCCAACGACAUCAUCUGCCGCGCCGUGUGCGGCAAGUUCUUCAGGGCAGAAGGCCGGAACAAGCUCUUCCGGGAGCUGAAUCACAUGACCACUGUCCUGAUCGCAGGAUUCAACGUGGAAGACUACUUCCCAGGGCUUGCGAAUUCGGUAGGUUCAUUGUUCACCAGGUUUACGAGCAAUAGGGUGAAGCAGACACACGAAAAGUGGGACAAGUUGCUUGAGGAGAUAAUAAGGGACCACGAGAGACGACGAAAAAGCUCUGACCAUGGGCGUGGCGCAGGUGGUGGGGGCGUUGAGCAAGAAGAGAGUGAUGACUUCACCGACGUGAUGCUCUCUGUUCAGCAUGAGUACGGUAUCACCAGAGAUCAUAUCAAGGCCAUCUUGAUGGAUAUGUUUGAGGCGGGCACAGCCACAUCAUCUUUGGUUCUGGAAUUCGCCAUGGUCGAGCUCUUGCGCAACCCUCAUCUUAUGGCCAAGCUGCAAGCUGAGGUGAGGAAGAAGACGCCAGAGGGACAAGAAAUGGUGAAGGAAGAGAACCUCGCUGGCAUGGUCUAUCUAAGAGCCGUCGUGAAGGAGACACUAAGGCUGCACCCACCUGUUCCACUCCUCAUACCUCAUCUAUCCAUGGCCGACUGUGACAUCGAUGGCUACACAAUCCGCUCUGGAACCAAGGUCGUCAUCAACUCAUGGGCUAUUUGUAGAGAUCCAAAGUCAUGGGAGAAGGCGGAGGAGUUUAUACCGGAGAGGUUCAUGGAUGGUGGCAGCGCGGCAGGCAUCGACUUCAAGGGGAAUAACUUUCAGUUUACACCAUUCGGGGCUGGCCGGAGGAUGUGCCCGGGCAUCAACUUUGGUUUGGCCACUAUCAAUAUCAUGCUGGCGAACCUCAUGUAUUGCUUUGACUGGACGUUACCGGCCGGCAUGGAGAAGGAGGAUAUUGAUAUGACGGAGGUGUUUGGAUUGACGGUCCAUCGAAAGGAGAAGCUCAUCCUUGUUCCAAAACCACAUGGUACUUUGCUCACGCCAUGAAAACUGAGGCAGGAUCAAUUAAGGCGUAAGUAAUACAGAUUUGCACAUUAAUGUACCGCAAGUGUCCAUAUAUACACUUCCUUCAUUUUUAAAUAUAUGAUGUUUAGGAUGUAUAAUAAUUUGCUGGUCUGAAAUGCUAUAUAUCUAGAAAUGGAGGAACCAUGUGUGUGUUUGUGUGUGUUUGUCAAGCAGCUCUAUCUACACCAAUUAUGCUAUAUUUCCUUAAUAAAGUUACAAAAAUCAUUCAAUGA